GCAAAACUUAAGCGCACAUACGUACACAGCAGAGCAAAUAGUUUACGAGCACCAAAUAGUAGCAAGGAAGAGAGAUCGAUCGAAGAGGAAUAUCGGAAACGAUGGCCGGCCAAGGAGAUGACGAUGUCAAGGUACUGGGCACCGCGGCGAGCAUGUUCGCGAUCCGCGUGCGCAUGGCGCUGCACGUCAAUGGCGUGAGCUACGAGUACCUGGAGCAGGACCUGUUCCACAAGGGCGAGCUCCUCCUCGCCUCCAACCCGGUGCGCAAGGCCGUCCCGGUGCUCAUCCACGCCGGCAGGCCCGUCUGCGAGUCGCUCGCCAUCGUCGAGUACGUCGACGAGGUCUGGGCCGGCGCCGCCUCGCUCCUCCCGGCGGACCCCUACGACCGCGCCGUCGCCCGCUUCUGGGCCGCCUACAUCGAUGACAAGGCUGUCCCCACGUGGAUAGGCAUCAUGAGGGCAGCCACGGAGGAAGACAGGGCGGAGAGCCUGGCCGGUGCGCUCGCGGCGGUCGCGCCCUUGGAGGACGCCUUCGCCCAGUGCUCUAGCGGGAAGGCCUUCUUUGCCGGCGACUCCAUCGGUUACCUCGACCUCGUGCUUGGGUGCAACCUCUUCUGGAUCGAGGCGCUGCGCCACAUGUUCGGCAUCACGGUCAUCGACGCCGGCAGGACUCCGCGCCUGGCCGCCUGGGCUGAAAGGUUCGUCGAGACGGAGGCUGCAAAGAAGGCGGCGCCGCCCAUGGAAAGCAUGUUGGAGGAGGCCGGGAAGCUGCGGGCUAUGUGGGCUGCUGCUGCCGCCCCGGCUGCCAAGUAAUUAGUUUGGAGAUUUGCAGUGGUCACCUUUUUUUACAUCAGCGUCAUUGGUCACUUGUUUACCUAAAGGAUUAUGAAUUUCAUUGUUCUAAGUUGUGUGAUUGAUUUCAUUGCAUAAUAAAUGGUCAUCUAUCUUUGUAAAAGUUGUGAUUAUGCUCCACUCUUAUAAG